AAUCAUUUGAAUCUUUUUUUGUAUAUAGGAAUACCAACAGUAAUAUUGGUUUUAGGUUUGAUCAUUAUAUACAUAUUAAAGAGGCGCUGUAUAUGCCAAGCAAUAUUUGGAAAAAUACGCAGAAGUACAUAUGACACACGAAAUAAUUAUAAUACAAUUCCCUUACUUGAACAAAGCAGACAAGAACAAACCCAUUUUCCACGCACUCUAUCAGCUGCACAGAAAUCAGAAAAAUUGGAGAUAUGUCAUAGAAAAUCAGUUCUCAAUGGCAUGAUACCAGUAACAGAAUAUAUGCUAAAUAAUGCUGAGCACCUCAGAACUAUACUACGUGUCGUAGACAGUACAAUAGAUUCCGUUCACAAAUACAUUGUAUCCUGCAUCAAGCUUACUGUGAAAAUAACUGUUAAUUUCCCAAGUUCAAAGAGAUUCGGUAGUUACGAAACAUUCUUUAAAAGUAAUGCUCAUAAUAAACAACUGUAUGGAAAUGGUAUAGUUGUGAAGGUAAAGAAAUCAGAGAGAGAAUGUAAAUGCUCAGACCAAGUCCAAAAGCCUCACCCUACGUGGUGUUUAUUCAUAGCCACAUCUAGGUUUGUGGUGUUUGACAACUUGGAAGCUGAAAAUGUUACCAAAGUGGAUAUCACAUUUGAUGGUUUAAUAGGAAGUGUAAAGACAAUUAAUGUAGAAAAAAUAUACCAAUAUAAUUCAGAUGAAACGUGCAUUGUAAUGGGUUACACUUGUGAUGAAACAAUCUGCAAAGAAUUGAGAGAUUCACUUCAAGUUCAAAAAGACACGUACAAAAUAUUGGAGUACGCAGAAAACAAAGUUGUUGUGAUCUCACAUCCCCACGGAAUGGAAAAACACAUCAGUUUCGGUUCCUGUUCAGAGAACGAACUUAAUUUUAAAAAAGAUUCAAUUUUCAUUUUAAAUCAAUUGGAAUACGAUGCACCACUUUGCGAUGGCUGUGCAGGGGCUCCAGUGAUAAAGCUGAAUGACUCCUUCACAAAAAGGCACUCAACACACAUCAUAGCAGAAUUUCUGUUGCAUACUUUUUCUCAAAGCGAAGGAAAUGGUAAUAGCGGAUGGGCGCGUAUACCGAUGACUGUAGCAGAAUACUUGCAUGAGAGUUUUCAUCUAGGAUUUGAGAUCCAUUCUUCAAAUGAUGAAAUUCAAAAGGAUGGAAAAAAACUCAAAUCUGGUCAUGGGGGCCUUGAAAUAUUAUAUGACGAUGACAUACAAGGCAAAAAAUCAUCUUGUAAGAAAAAUCCAUCCCAUGAACAUUUCCACCCAGUGAAUUCUUUUAAAGAAUUGAAUUUGCCAGUGGUUAGUGAAAAAAGAUCAUUGAUAGAUAGCUGUAUACAAACUGUUUCAGAAUUGUCUGGCAGAAUUGCAGUAAACUAUACAAGCCAUGGUCGUCCAGAUAUUGACCCAGUAACUCAAGCUACAUUUCCUAGUUGUAAAUUAAAAGGUACGAAAUGUCUUAGGUAUGGAUCAGGAACAAUCGUCUCUUUGGUUGAAAGCGAUCAUGCUGAUUUUAUAUGCACCUGUGCUAAUUGUAAAGUUUUGAAAUCAACUGAUAAGAAAUCAUACUGUAUCUAUGUCCAAACAGCUAAUCAUGUUGUCUUUGAUAGCAGUGAAGCUUGUGAAAGUUCAUUUCGUAUUGGGUUUGAUGAUGAUGCAUCUCCUGAGGUAUUGUUACAUGGUUUGAGAGUAGUUGAAUCUGAUAUAAACACAGGGAGGUCACUAGUUCUGUAUGUUACUCAUGACGUAGAAUUAGGCAUUAAAUUGUCUGAAACAAUAAGUUGUCUUUACUCAUUAGAUAGACAGUUGUAUCUUAAAUUUAAAAGGUCUGAUGAUGUAAAUUUGGCUGUAAUAGUUUCUCAUCCUCACGGCUCGUGUAAACGUGUUUCAUUUGGGAAGUGGUUGCACAAAGACAUACGUUCUUCGCCACGCCAGAUGAACUAUUUUAUUCGUUUCAUAUAUGACACACCAACAGGCCCCGGCUCUAGCGGAGGUGCUGUUUUAAUUGUAGGAGGAUCCAUUCCUCACGUUACUAAACGUUUAAUUCCGCCUCACCUUCACAGAGAAACAAGCGGUGAUGGAAAAAGUACCAGUUGUUUUGAAGUAGACAGAUUUUCCUCAAAUGAAUAAUAUUCCGAAAUUUUUUUCUAGGCAAUAUAACGUUUGGUAAUGAUGACUACUUUGUUGUUUGCACAGUGUUUGGCAUGCUACCUGUAAUGUUAAACAGACUCGAACCCCUAUCAUUUGAGCAUCGCAUCAACAAAGUUUCCGCAAAAAAUCCCCAUCUAGCAUCAGGCUCAAAACCAUAAUUUUGGAUAGUAAGAUUUAAACGUAAAUUUUAUUAACCAUGACUCUUGAAUUGAUAUAGCAAACAUAAAACAUGCUCCAGUUAGUUACAGCAUAAAAUUCACAAUGUGGUUCUAAGUUCUAGGCUGGUCUACUCUCAUCAGGGCGAUUGCUUUUAUUUCAUAAUGGAGUAGACCUACAAUAUAGAUUUACACAUAGCAUGAAAUGUGCUUAAAUCGUUAAAUCGUUUUGUUUUUUUUUUUCAAUUUUUUUUUCAUACCAGUAGUAAAGUUUCUUGCCUUUGUUUGGUAAAAUGAACAAUUGUAAAAUGUUUCUUACUAGUAUUGUAAUUUAUUAGUCUCCAUAACAUUUUUAUUUUUGCAUUUGAUACUUACUUUGUAAAAUAUAAACAAGAAUU